UUUCAACAGCCGUCAUCGCAAGCCGCGCUUGAAUGCGCCCCGAGUUGUUGGAGUGAGACGUGCUUGGAAUUCCCCCAUUAAAAGCUCUGCGAAAAAGGCGGAAGAAUUGUAACUAUAGUCUCGUUGUAUAUUAAAAUAAAAAGUCAACGCCACAGAAUAUUUAGUGAAAGAGUUUAAUGUGAGGCCUGGCAAACGCGUAAAAGAAACAAGUUGUAUACAUUAACACGAGUUGAUUCUGUAGUGCAAAAAUAGAACCAUUUUAUAAAUAUACAGUGUAAAGUGUAAAGAAGUGUAUAAAGAAAAUCAAUUCACAACGUUGAUUACGUCUGCGACAAAGAUAAAUCUAGGAUCUAUAUCAUAGAUCAGUGCACCAGCCAGCAUGGCAAUGAAGGCUGUUGCAUAAUGAAUUUUCAUGUGAUUAGUAAAGUUUUUAUUUACGCAUCAAUGAAUGAUUAUAUGCGAUGAUAUAGUUUACAAUGUCCCAAGCCAGAUUGACUAAUUAUUUCGAUAAGAAGAUGGAGGCGUUGCGAGCCAAGAGAAGCAAAACAAGCAACAAGUCCUUGGCAAAGGAAUCAUUUUUUGAAAAAUUCGGCAUACUUUUCAAGGAACGAUCCAGCCAGUUUCUACUGCAAACCAAGCAAGAAGUUGCCCCACUGGAUGAUUCAAUCGAAACUCAGGAGCUAAUUGCGACUAAAAAAACGAGGUCAGUGAUUAAUCCAUCAUCUGGCACUGAUGUCGAUGUAAAGCACCAUGUUCCCACAACAAGUGCAGGAGAUGCUGUGCCAUGCGAAUCAGUUUCUAAUGAAGAACUUUACGAAAAAGUUCUGCUGGAAAUCAUUAACGGGAAUUUCAAUGUUCAGGAAUUGUCCGAGAAAACUCUGUUUACCUACGCUCAAGAUGUGUUCAAGAUGAAUGAUAAAGCUCACGAGGAAAUCCUUAAACGUACACGAUUUAAACCAACUUCAGAGGUGUACCUGCGAGCUGAGAUUAUUGAAGCGAAACUCGUGGAACAUCCAAAUCUGUCGAAAAAUAUGAACCCUUUUGUGGUGAUGUUUUUGCAAAAUGAUCUACCGGAUAAAAUGAGAAGUUCUAUUCAGAAGACUACAACAAAUCCUGUUUGGAAAGAAAGUUUCACACUACCAGCUAUAGAAAAAAGCAAUGAAAAUCUCAUAUUAGAGGUAUAUCAUCAUGAGAGUAACAUGAAGAAAAUUACUAAAACUGCUAGAGUCUGUCGAAAAUAUGCUUUUAAUUGCAUCAAUCCCAAAUCAUCUUACCAUAAACUGAUUGGAAGAACAAGCAUUCCCAUUGAGUCUAUCACUUCAUCCGGUCUGAUUAUGUGGUAUACGUUGAACAAAAAAAAAAGGUCUGAACCACAAGGAACGAUUAAAUUAAAAUUUCACUUCAGCUCCGCUCAAAAUAAGGAAAUGGCUGCAAAAGAGCAUGAAACUCUCACUAGAAUGUUUUUAGAAUACGAACUUCAGAAUUCUAGCGUAGCUCGAUACUGGUGGUCAGGUAAAUUUACAGCCGCAGGUGAGGCUAUACUUAGGCAGCAUGCCCUUUGUGCUGAUCUGUGCGACAUUCAAAAAACCCUCAUCUACUGGAGUGCCUACACUACCGUUCAUGCAACAUAUCGUAUAGCUUUUAGUUUAUUUGAAAAUUUGCUAAAUAAAAUUUGUAUAUUCAUCAAAAGUAACAACGUAAAACAAGACGAUUUGAAGACAUUCUGGAGUGGUGUAAGAGAUAUUUUACCUUCUUGCUUUGCUGUUAUAAUGAAAUUGAGGAAGCGAAUUGCUGGCGACAAAGACAUUGUGAAGACUGUGAUCUCCGUACUCAACAUUUUGUCCCUUGUAGACAGCAUCAGGGAAACGUGUGAUAUUAAUCUCUUUUCUGUGCAGGACUAUGAACAUUUCAAUUAUCAACUUCAACAAAAUCCACACAUUACAAUCCAUGAUAUAACGGUAUUGGCUAUACAAAAAGGUGCUAAGCUAUGGUUCCACGAAGCCAUCACCAAAAUGGCUCUGGUGACUUUAUUGGAUGAAGAAAAGCUUAGUAAUUGUAUUGGAUUGAUUCAGAUUCUGCAAAGUGAUAUUAUGCGUGCAUCUAGCUAUUAUAAUGAACCGUUCAACAGCAUUAUGAACAUCAACUACACUCGCGAACUGUGUAAACAACACGAAAAUAGUGUUGUAGUUUACUUGAAACCAAUUGUCGAAAAGAUUUGUAAAGGAUUCAAAAAACUUACAAUUCGUAUAGAUCAGCACAAUCGAGUUGGCGAAAUGGAUGCCUUAGAUAUGAGCAGUACCGUUUUUGAAUUGUAUAUAAAAAUGAAGUUAUUUUUUAAUGAAACUGAAACUGAACUCAAAGGCGCUCACAAUUCCGAAAUCAUAAAUUUUCACAAAUGGUUUAGUGGUGGGAUAUCACAUUGGUGUGAAGUGUUUGCAUUAAAAACUUUGGCCCGGUUGAGUCAAGCAAUUGACGAAGAUUCAUUGAUACCUGAAAAUGGAUUAGAACCAAAGCAAUCAUCAUCCGCUGCGGAGUUUCUGAACAUUGUUCGUCAAAUUAAAACUUUUUGGCAGCAGUUGGACUGGCCGGAUCGACAAGAGUUGAAUCGAUUUUUAAAAAAAAGUAUAGGGGAUAUAUGCAGCUGCUGUGUUUACUAUGCCGACCGAAUUUCAGCAAAACUGAAACAGCCGGAACAUAAAACUCGUUUGGAUCUACCCACAACGAUCGAUCUGAUAUCCAAAUGUGCCAUUGUUAAUUCAAAUUUAUCAAUACUGAUCGAUGUUCUCAAUGUUCUUCCAGCAGAUUUUGGUUAUAGCCAAUCACGAAUCAAUGACAUAGACCCUCAGGAUUAUAUACUUCCUAUCAAAGGCCUAAACAACUGGAAAACAAAAAUAUUAAUACUAAUGGUCAAUCACUGUGCGUUGGAAAUUAAGCAUAGUAUGGCAGAUGCACUGUUAAAAUUUAACCAAAUUAGACUAAACAUUGAGUGUUACGCUAAGCAAACAUCAGAGCUAAUACGAGAAAAUUUUGAUAAUGAUGAUCUUAGAUUUGUACAGCAAACACUAUGCAAUACAAUAACAACGGAGUUCAGUGAUGUCAUUAGGACUGUCAUCGAGAAAAAAUCUCCGAUUUCAUCUUUUGCGAAUUUGAAAGACUUCUAUAGAAUAAUUGCCCAAACUUACCUUGCCGGUAUACAAAUCCUGCAAGAUGACCACGUUCUGCGGGAGAAACUUUACCUGAUAGAGAAGCAGUUAGACUUAUACAGUAGCAGCACACGCGACUUAAUUCAUCAAUAUUACCUCGCUUGUCUGGAGGCACAAAAUCUUCUUGAUGAACCAGAACGAGGCACACUCACUGUACGAUGUUGUAUUCGUAAUAGUGUUCUCGAUAUACAAAUCAUUGCAAUAGAAAAUAUUAAGCUUCCUUUAGACUUCAAGGGAACCAGUGACUCAUACGUGAAAAUCAAUUUAGCUCCAGGUUAUAAAUUUUCUAACAUACAGAUGCCGAAAACACGAACAAAGUUAAAAAACAGAUCACCUACAUUUAAUGAGAAGUUUUCACUAAAACUGAACAGUGAACAGUGCCAAAUUGCGGAUGCUCUAGUUGUAUUCAAUGUAAAGAUCUCUGAAUUAUUAGGUUUAAGUCAGAGGUAUGUCGGCGAGUGUUUCCUACGACUAGAUUGCAUUCCGGUUGUGAAUGCGGAUUGCGACAACUCCAACAUCGAUGUACAGCACUUAUUCCUAACAUUACCAGAGAAUAUAGAAUCUGAUAGUAUCCCAGUACUUGAAUAUCGCCAAAGUGAUAAAGAAGCAAUUCAGUUCUUCAAGAAACUGAAACAAAAACUCGGUAAAGCAGCCUAUACCGGUAGCGUAAAUAGUAUUUUUUAAUGAUCUUGAAUUCAAAUACUUUUUUGAAAAUAUAAAGCAUUUACCAUCAA